GCGAAGCUCGGCGUCCGCUAGCCCAUCUCGGCCGAACUUUGGACGACCAAAUCCGGAGUGAAAUUUUUUGCAGAACUCGAACUGAACUUCUCUUCGGCCAACAUGGCUCCUCGCGCGCUGUGCAUGACGGGAUGGGGAGGUCAGGGGUCACGGUGCACAGCUGGCGGGAGAUUUGCGCGGGUGUUUGCGUGUCAGUCUUCUAACAUAAUCUUUCAUAUAAAUUUUGUGCGAUUAAGGAAAAUAGCACAUAUUUCCUUGGAGACUGAUCGACCUGCACCAGAAAUGGACAGUGACGAUGACUACCCUAUGGAUUACGGCCUGGAUGCCCUCACCUCACUUAUGGAUGAAGAUGACUUUGGCAACGUGUUCGACAGAGAUGAGGAAAACGCUGCCGAGAACGACAAACCGCCAACCCCUCCUCCCAAACUUUCCUUCGAAGACGCCCUAGCAGGGCCUUCAGAGCCCCAUCAUAGCAAGAGGAAAGUUAAAAGGACUUCCAAGGAGCAUGAAAACAAGACCAGUACUAACCGUAAAAGUACAGAUGGUGAAAAAGAAAGACAAGGGUCCAGAAAAAGUACAAAACAAGAUACUGACAGAACUAGCCAGGGAGGACACGGAGACACAGAAGAUGAUGAAGCUAACAGGAGUAAAGAAGAUUUGGAAGAGGAACUAAGGCAGAUGCGAGAGAAGAUGAUGAUGUUGGAACAACAGCUGAAGAAACAGAAGUCACAGGAUGAGACAAGUCCGACUGUCACCAAGAAGUCCACACCGGUUAACCCCUACCCCAGUCCGCCACAGAGCCGCCCACAGAAAACCAAGACAGAAAGUCAAAACCGUCUGGACUUCCUUACAGGACCUGCCAAAUCUCCCAGUCCUUCUCAACGGUCAGAAGAAGAACCCAAGAGAAAUGGAGAUCGACUCAGUUUUCUUAAAGGAGAUCCCAGUGUAGCUGCCAGCACUCCCAAGCAGAAAGUCAAAACUAGUCCCAAGAAGAAAAGUCCAACAGAGUCAUUCUAUAGCAACGGUGGCGGCAAGAAACGGGUCGCACAUCAACCAAAGCAGGAGAGAGGAGAUGGUGAGAGUCAUGAAACAGGGACCCCCAGGCCACUGGGUCUGUCUGUCAAGCACAACAGGAAUCCCACCACAGGUGUCAAACGUGAACUCAGCCCCUCCGCUGACACCCUGGCUCCCAAGAGAACCAAGCUGCUGGAGUCAGACCCAGUCCUGGUGGACAAGUACUCUCAGAUCAGGAUAUUGAAUCCUAAGAUCUCGUCUGAGACACUGCGGACCAAGAUGGAGGGAAGGAAGAUGGUACGCAUGUCUGUCAUCAAGUCUCACAUGAGGAAUGGAGAGAUAGAAGGGGACUGGGUCACCAUGGGUGUCCUGGUCAAGAAGAUACCGCCCAAGACUUCCAGCAACGGUAAAACCUUCAGUAUCUGGAAGUUGAGUGACCUGCGGGACUGUUCCAUGACGGUUUCCUUCUUCCUGUUCGGGGACGUCCACAAGAACCACUGGAAGAACGACGAGGGCACGGUUUUAGGCCUGUGCAACCCCAGCAUCAUGAAGGCAAGGGACAAGGGAGACACAGAUGUAGCUCUGACUGUGGAUAACCCUCUAAAAGUGAUGGUGAUGGGCAGGUCUAAGGACCUGGGCUACUGCAAGGCCACCAAGAAGGCGGGAGGGCAGUGUGAGAAUUUCGUUAACAGGGACCAAUGUGAGUACUGUGAGUACCAUGUCCACUCUCAGUACAAGAAGUCCAAGGCAAAGAGGGGAGAAUUCAACUCAGUCAUCGGGCCUCCGGAUCCCAAAAAGAAAAUGCUUCAAAAGAUGAUGGGCAAGAAUGAGAGCUUCAUGUAUGGAGGACACACCUACACUACCAGCAGCCCUGCUGCUACAGCCAAUAAGAAGAAAACUCAGGUGAACUUGGACUUCCUCCGUGUGGCCGGGGCACGGUCCAUGGACGCUGCUGUGAAAGCCAACAUCGUGGGCAAGAUGGAGAAGAAGAAAGAUGAAGAGACGCUCAAGAAACUGGCAGCCCCUUCCCAGGCAAUGCAGGAGUUGCUGUGUGCUCCCACGGUGGGCUCCAUGAACCUGAUCAAACAUCUCGGCACAGAGGAGAAGAAAGCUCAGCCCAAGGUGAAGCCGGUGUCGGCAUCAGAGCUGCUGAAGAGUCACAAACAGGAGAUGUUGGAGAUGAGGAAGAAACAACAGGCUAACAGACAGCCUUCACAAGCACAGGCUAGUGCUGCCGGGUCCAGUCCUGAGACGUUUUAUCCUAAGCUGGGAAAAGGACUCGCCAACUCAGGAGACAUCGUGAUGUUUGACAGUCCAUCACAGAAAGUGUCCUCCUCUCAAAAAGCAAUGCAACGUGCAAUAGCCAAGAUCAAAGUCAAGGGCCCCUUGACCCCAGAUAACCCCAAUGCUGUGAAAAAGAAGGUGUCACCAAAGGCUCAAGAAGCUAUCAAGUCUAAAGUAGAGGAGGCCAGCACAAGCCAAGGAGACACUUCUUCACCUCCUGAAGAAGACAAGAGGAAAGCCAAGCUGUUUGGUGAGAAGAUGGACAAGAACUCAGAGGAAUACAAGAAGCUGGUCCAAGCAAAGUCCUCUCAUUCUGGAGCACUGUCUGAGGCCCAGUUAGAGAUGCAGGAGAAGUAUUUUGCUGAGCUGGAGAAGAAGGAGAAAAUGGAAGACAAGAUGGCCACCAUCUCAUACGUGAAGUGCAAAAUUGUCAGCUGCAAGAAGUGCAAGUACACCUACUUCAGCCCGUCUGAGACCUGUAAGACAGAGAACCACCCCCUGGUGUGGCACGAAGGAGUCAAACGUUUCUUCAAGUGUAUGAACUGCAGCAAACGCUGCAUCUCUCUGCAGAGAUACCCCAAGGUGGCCUGCAAAAACUGUGGAAGUUCCAAGUUUGAGAGGACAACCAUGUUGGCAGACAAGAAAGGCCCCAAGCUGGACUCGGAGACGCUAAAUUUACGGGGGGAGGAUGAAAUGUUCCUCAACAAGCUCUAGUUAUGCUGGGAUGGAUGAAGAAGACUUAAAGCAUUGAGAUACGAUUAUCAAAAGUAUAGCAAGCAAACAACAUCAGUAUGUAACUAGGAUGCCAGUUGUAUGCAGGGGAGUACAAGACAAAACUUCUCAACUUUCACAGUAUGAAAGUUGCCCAAUGCUAAGAAUGGCUGGAAACAAAACACUAGGAAUUUUAGGGCACUUUUAGAUUUCUAUAUAGUGGAGACACAAAGUAACGUUAAUUGC